AGGAAUCUUGGAUAAAAGGACGCUUGCAGUGUCUUUUCCCUCUAUCUCUCUCAUUCUCUGCGACUAAUCUCAGUCUGAUCUUCUGUUUUCACUGCUUUCACACGCGCGCGCGCGCACACUCACCCGCAGCGAGAGAGAGAGAAGUUUCGGCAUUGAAGAUGGUUUUGAGCUCAACAAGAUGCAAAUGGUUCCCUGUAUUUGUUCUGCUUCUACUGACGCAAUCAGCUACCGCAUUGGUUGAAGACGGCUUACUUCCCAAUGGCGAUUUCGAGGCCACUCCACCAAGAGGAUUCUCUUCAGAAGCCUUACUUUCCGAGGGCGUGGCAACAAUCCCCAGCUGGAAAUCCAACGGCACAGUCGAACUAGUCGAAUCAGGCCAAAAACAGGGCGGAAUGAUCCUCAUCGUACCGCAGGGUGCACAUGCUGUGCGGCUCGGUAACGACGCCGAAAUUAGCCAAGAAAUCGCCGUCGAAAAAGGUUCGCUGUACUCGAUCACAUUCAGCGCAGCUCGAACUUGCGCCCAAUUAGAGUCGCUUAACGUUUCGGUCCCGCCGGUGUCGCAAAACAUUGAUUUGCAGACUCUUUACAGCAUUCAGGGCUGGGAUUCAUACGCGUGGGCCUUUCAGGCAGAGGAGGAUAAUGUGUGGGUGGUGUUUAGAAAUCCUGGUAUGGAGGAUGAUCCCACUUGUGGACCCAUCAUUGACAAUAUCGCUAUAAAGAAGCUUUUCGUACCCGAUAACGCUAAAGAUAAUGCAGUUGUUAAUGGUGAUUUCGAAGAAGGCCCUUGGAUGUUCAGAAAUGCUUCACUUGGUGUUUUACUUCCCACCAAUCUGGAUGAGGAGAGGUCCUCAUUGCCUGGUUGGAUAGUUGAAUCAAACAGAGCCAUCCGCUACAUUGACUCAUACCACUUCUCUGUCCCGGGAAGCAAACGAGCUGUUGAAUUGCUUUCUGGAAAGGAAGGAAUUAUCUCACAAAUGGUCGAAACCAAGCCUAAUAAACCUUACAGAUUGACGUUUUCAUUAGGCCAUGCCGGAGACUCCUGCAAGCGACCACUAGCCAUCAUGGCCUUUGCUGGUGAUCAAGCCCAAAACAUCCAUUACACUCCAGAUUCCAACUCUACAUUUCAGACAGCUAAUCUUAACUUCACAGCCAAGGCCCAGAGAACACGAGUCGCAUUCUACAGUGUUUAUUACAGCACAAGAACUGAUGACAUGAGCUCUUUAUGUGGUCCUGUAGUAGAUGAUGUGAGAGUAGAACAAUCAGGGUGCAAAGGCAUUACCCCAGGAUUUUUAGGGUUGAUUCUAGUUUUGAGCAUUUUGCUGUCCAUUUAAUUUCCUGUUUAGGUUUAAGAUUGUGGUCUGGUUAAGUUGUAAUAUGACUUGAUUUUCAUAUGCUGGCAGGGAGUAUUUGGUAAACCAAACUAUCGUUACUAUCCUGUUUGGGGUCAAUGUUAAGGGUUUGAUAUUUUCUAUGAGAAAUGGAAUGCUAGUAAACUUGAAUGGAGUUUUGCUUAUGCAGUUAA